AUGCUGACGAACGAUGUAUCCAGCGAUAUAGAAAAGAUAAUAAAGACACAGCCGGCUGUAGUGAAUCCGCCAGGAGACGAUUAUUUUGGUCGCGGAGAUCUUCCUGGAAAACUUUCGGCUUUCGAGAAGCUAAUACGUCAUGCCAUAUCUAGAUUCUCCAUGGAUCGCGUAUAUGACCUUCUUAGGAUUGUGACGACGGAGCUGAGGACUCAAACGGCCGCAGAGGAAGCGGCGGCAGCUGCGGCAGCGGCCGCUGUAGCAGCCAAAGAGGAGGAAGAGACAGGGACGACCGAAGGCAAUAAUGAUGACGAAGUUGACAAGGAUGUAGACAGUGAAAAUAACGAAGAAAACAAUAGUUCUUCGACAAAGGAUGUAGACAAUAAAAGUGUUAAAAGUGAUAAUUCAAGUAAAAGCUCUGAUCGAGCUUCCGGGAAGUCGGCAAAAAGUAACGAUAGCUCCGAGGAGAAGACUGAGAAAAUACCCACUAAGAACGAACAUGUCACUAAAAUUGUUAACAUCACUUCUCUAAAGCAAAUACGAGAUGUUAUCAAAAGUCUCGAAACGAAAGAGGCAGGAGGCGGAAAAUUAACUGAUCGCCAAAUUGUUGCCUUGCGGCACUACACAACGUUCGCAAAGGAUGUGGCUUACUUGCGCGAGUCCAAGACGUACUUUUACGAUAACGUUUAUUGGUCUCUUCUCGAAGACUUUUAUGAUCCGAAUGAACCAACAGAGUCCCAAACUACACAGAGUCCAACUGACGAUGAAAAACAAAAUUUAUCCCCCGAUUCUUCAAGGUCAUCCGGACUCCGGAAAAAUAAGAAAGUGAAAAACUCCAGUCGUCUUCCAAAAAAUACCGUAAAGAAGCCAGAAACACCUGCAGAAAACAUCAGGAAACGGAUACACAAUGUUGUUCAUGAUUUAGAGGAAACGAUGACUAAAUGGACCGGGUUGUUGGAUGAAGGAGACCAGAAACUGGAUUAUUUUGACCAAGACAGCCAUCACGAAGUAGUGCACUAUUUGCACUGUGCUCCGUUUGAACUUGUGUUCCGAGUUGUCCCCGAUGUUUUUAUCAAAUGCUACCGAGCACUCGAUUUAGCACGAGAAUGGAUCAAAAUUGCAGAAAAGAUUUAUAAAGGUCGACUUCCUCUCCGGCGAAAAUUACCACGAACUCCAGAUGAUGAAACAGUCGAGCCUGUUAAAGAGGGGGAGAAAAAAGAAGAUGAUCACACAACCGAGGAGGAAGAAAGACAGUCCGUGGAGGCUACAACAAAAAUAUAUGCAAAUCACAUGGAGAAAAUAAAAACAAGGAUUGCCAAUGUUAGCGAAUUGCUUAAAUGUCAUGAAAAUGAUAUGACAGAACUGGCACAAGAAAUGAAAGUAUUGAAAGCCAGGGAAGAUAGAGUUGAUAAACUAAAUGCUAAUUUUGAACGAGCGGAUAGCAAACUACAGACAGCGCAAAAAGAAUUCUCAAAGUAUCUUAAUGAAAGACAGAAAACAAUUGAUGAAAUCGCAGACAUACCACCGGGAAGUUUGCAACAUUCGGAAUUGUCUAAACGAGCAGAAAAGCUUGAUAGGGAAUUAACAAAGAGACAGAUAGAAUUAGGUUUGUUAGAGUAUCAGAAAUCUGUACUUCAGGAAGAUUUCCUUUUAGAACUGGAAUUGCGUCCAAAUUUUAUUCAUUUUGUCGGCGACGUUCAAGGAAAAAUCACAGAUAUCAAGACAGAUGUUCACAAAAAGAAAAACGAAAAAGAAAAUCUUGAAAAGCAGUUAACGCUGAUGACAUCAAAUACUGAUAAGGUCAAGGCCGUCAUGGCUGAAUACCUCGGUCGUGAGCCUAAUGAUGCUGAUAUGGAAAUCGCUGUUAAGCUUGCGAGUGUAGGAGAGGAAGGUGAUGAUGACGACGAACCCAAAGAAAACGACCUAAUACGUGAAGAUGACACGGACAAUUGGCAAAAAGAGACGGAUAAUUAUGAUUCUGAUGGAACUGUUAGCUUAGAAUCUGAUCAGAGUUUUGUGUCUGUAUCUGACGAUGUUGAUCUCACAGAAUUUCUCCCAUCAAAUGUUGUAUUCGGGGAAGUGUCGUCUGCUGACAGAAAAAUGUCAGAAAAGAUGAGUGGUUCUAAAGUUUUAACUAAAAGGAAAACUUUCAUACCUCAAUCUUCACAGCAGUUUUCUGAUGCGAUGCGAGUUCUAUCCCCGAAUAGUAACACUAAAUCUCAACGAGGUUACGCUGGACCAAAAAAACUGAAGCCUCACUCUAAAGUGUAUAAACAAAUGCAUGCCACCGCCACGAGUUACAGACCAUCAUGA